CAUGUAGUCCUCAUGUGGAGGUGCGGAGACAAAUAUCAAUACUCAUCCUUAUCCCUAUCUAACUCCAUAACUCCACAGCUAUAUGAAAGCUCGUCCUUUUAACCAUAAUUAUUAGUGCAACAAUAUAUUAGACCUUCAAUCUCAUUGCUUUCCAAAUGGAUCUCCAACUACCUUCUAUCCCAAUCCUCUUCUCCUUCGUUUUUGUGUUUAUGGUAGUGAUUAUAGUUUUGAAAAGAGGUCAAACAAAGAACUCAGUUUCAAAGCUACCCCCAGGACCAUGGAGACUACCAUUAGUGGGAAAUACGCACCAGCUUUUCGGCUCUUUACCCCAUCUUAAACUCAGAGACUUAUCCAAGCAACAUGGGCCACUCAUGUUCCUCAAAAUUGGACAAGUUCCAAUUCUAAUAGUUUCAUCAUCAGAGUAUGCUAAAGAGGUCAUGAGAACCCAUGAUGUUGUUUUUGCAUCUAGACCCCGAACUCUUGCUGCACAGAUCAUUGCAUAUAAUUGUACGAAUAUUAUAUUUGCUCCAUAUGGUGAGUGUUGGAGACAGCUCAGAAAGAUUUGUACGCAGGAGCUUCUAAGCCCAGCAAGAGUUCAAACUUUUCAACCCGUUAGAGAAGAAGAGCUGUUUAAUCUUGUAGAAGGGAUAACUUCAAAAGUUGGGUCAGCUAUCAAUCUUACUGAAAUGGUUAAAAAAUCAUCUUAUGGCAUCACAUCUCGGGCUGCCUUUGGCAAGAAAAGUAGAGACCAUGAUGAGUUUAUAUCGAUUAUGGAGGAAACUAUCAAGGCAGCUGGAGGGUUUGAGUUUGCAGAGAUGUUUCCUUCUUUGAGUUUUCUUGAUUGGACAAGUCGUCCUAAGUUCGAGAGCAUCAAACUAAGGUCUUCAAGGAUAUUGGAAAAUAUCAUCCAGGAGCACAUAAAAGAGAAUGAAAUUUCAGCAGAGAAAGGUGGAAGACAUGAAGACUUGGUUGAUGUUCUUCUGAAGUUUCAUAACAAUGGAGAUCUUGGGUUCACCAUAACAAGGGACAAUAUUAAAGGAGUAAUCCUUGACAUCUUUUUGGCUGGAAGUGAAACAUCGGCUUUAUCUGUGGAUUGGGCUAUGGUAGAAAUGAUGAGAAAUCCUAGAGUGAUGAGAAAGGCUCAAGAUGAGGUGAGAGAAGUCUUUGGCAGAAAAGGGUCAGUGGAUGAAACAUCAAUUGAUGAGAUGAAAUAUUUAAAAUCAGUUGUUAAAGAAACUCUAAGGUUGCAUCCUCCAGCUCCUUUGUUACUUCCAAGGGAAAGUAGAGAAAAAUGUGACAUAAAUGGUUAUGAGAUACCUAUGAAAACCAGAGUAAUGGUAAAUGUUUGGGCAAUUGGAAGAGAUCCCAAGUAUUGGAUUGAACCUGAGAAUUUUCUGCCAGAGAGGUUUUUUGACAGUGCUAUUGACUUCAAGGGCAAUAAUUUUGAGUACAUUCCAUUUGGUGCUGGAAGGAGAAUAUGUCCAGGGAUGUCAUUUGGCCUCAUCAAUGUUGAGCUUCCUCUAGCAUAUUUGCUAUACCACUUUGAUUGGAAACUCCCCAAUGGAAUGAAACAUGAAAAUUUGGAUAUGACAGAGUUAUUUGGUAUUACAAUGAGAAGAAAAGAUGACUUGUACUUGAUUCCUACUAUUUAUGAUCAGUCUUCUAUAGCAAAAAAUCAUAUAUGAUCUGUCAUCUAUAGAAAAAUCUCCGAUGAAGUAAUUAGAUCUAAUGUUAGACAAUGUUGAACUUUGUUUUGAAGGUUAUUAAAGUUCACAAAUAUUGUGAUUGGAAUAAAGCAAGAGUAUAUUUAUGAA